AUGGGAAAAGCCUCAUCAAAGUCAAGUCCUAGGCCAUCGCCAGUCGGACCGAAAGCUCUCUCAUUACCCAUAUUCCAAAAACUGAAAAACAGACGAGUGAUCUUGGCUUCAGCUAGUCCAAGGAGGAAAGAGAUAUUCGCUGCUUCGGAUUUUCACCCUGAGAUCGUUCCUUCUACUUUUGCGGAAGAUCUACCUCAUUCUAGAUUUCAAGGUAGAUUAGCUGAUUAUCCAAUAUCAACAGGCGCAGAGAAGGCAAUGGAAGUUUAUGAAAGGUUGGUGAAAGAAAAUGAAUAUGAUCCUCCUGAUUUGGUGAUUUCAGCCGAUACAGUAGUCAUCUUUCCGCCAGAAAAAGAUACUGCAGAGGGAGGUCAAUACCACGGUGAGAUAUCAGAGGUAUUGGAGAAACCCAUAAAUAAGAAUGAGCAGACGAGAAGUUUGAGUUCGAUGGCUGGAAGGCAGUGUGAAGUGAUCACUGGAGUUUCAAUAGUCUAUCCUACUGUCGAAGCUCCAGGAUUCAAGGUACAAUCUAUAUCAGCUUCCACAUUAGUACAAUUCUAUGACAACUCUAACGAGACAAUUCAAGCUUAUGUGGAUAGUGGAGAAGGUAUAGAUCGAGCGGGUGGAUUCGCUAUUCAGGGCUUGGGAGGAAUACUGAUCGAGAAGAUAGAAGGAGAUUAUAAUAACUGUGUUGGAUUCCCCUCAUCAGCAUUCUGGAGAUGGAUAUCAGAUCUAGAUGCGGAUGGUAUAUUCGAUGAGGCUUGGCAAUGA